GCACCGCCUCGGCUCGCCUCGCCUCGCCUCGCCCGGGCCGGGCCCAUCCCAUCGCAGCCUGCGGCCAGGCGCGGAGCGGCGGUAGCCAGCGAGCGAGCCCCUCCGCCGGCCCGCGCCGCUCGGCCAGCCCCUCCGCCGCUCGGUCGAGCGCCAUGGGGGGCGGCGGCGGCGAGCGCCGGGCGCUGUGGCUGGCGGUGCUGUGGCUGUGGUUGCCCGGGCGGUGCGGCGGCGCCAUGGACGAGUGCACGGAGGAGCGGACCGGCCGCCCGCAGCGCUGCAUGCCCGAGUUCGUCAACGCCGCUUUCAACGCCACGGUGCUGGCCACGCACACGUGCGGGACGCCGGCCGAGGAGUAUUGCGUGCAGACCGGCGUCACCGGCGUCACCCAGUCCUGCCACCUCUGCGACGCCGCCCAGCCCCACCUGCAGCACGGCGCCGCCUUCCUCACCGACUACAACAGCCCCGCCGACGCCACCUGGUGGCAGAGCCGCACCAUGCUGGCCGGCGUGCAGCACCCCGCCGCCGUCAACCUCACCCUGCACCUGGGAAAGGCCUUCGACAUCACAUACGUACGUCUGAAGUUUCAUACCAGUCGGCCAGAGAGCUUUGCAAUCUACAAACGCACCAGGGAAGAUGGCCCAUGGGUGCCCUACCAGUAUUACAGUGGCUCCUGUGAGAGCACGUAUCACAAAGUCAAUCGUGGCUUUAUUCGGACUGGAGAGGAUGAGCAGCAGGCGCUCUGUACGGAUGAGUUCAGUGACAUCUCCCCCCUCACUGGGGGCAAUGUGGCAUUCUCAACACUGGAGGGGCGUCCCAGUGCCUAUAACUUUGAUAACAGCCCCGUGCUACAGGAAUGGGUGACAGCUACAGAUAUUAGAGUGACCCUCAAUCGUCUGAAUACAUUUGGAGAUGAAGUUUUCAAUGACCCAAAAGUUCUCAAGUCAUAUUACUAUGCAAUUUCUGAUUUUGCUGUGGGUGGUAGAUGCAAAUGUAACGGGCACGCGAGUGAGUGCGUGAAGAAUGAGCUCGGGAAGCUGGUUUGCAACUGCAAGCACAACACCUUUGGGGUCGACUGUGAGAAGUGUCUUCCUUUCUUCAAUGACCGUCCAUGGAGGAGAGCGACAGCAGAGAGUGCCAAUGAAUGCUUGCCUUGUGACUGCAACGGGAGGUCACAGGAGUGCUACUUUGACCCUGAGCUGUACCGCUCAACGGGCCAUGGGGGCCACUGCACGGGCUGCUCGGAUAACACCGAUGGUGCCCACUGUGAAAGGUGCAGGGACAGCUUCUAUCGACAGGGGAGUGAGGAGGGGUGUCUGCCCUGCAGUUGCAACCCUGUUGGGUCCCUCAGCACACAGUGUGACAACUAUGGCCAGUGCAGCUGCAAACCUGGUGUGAUGGGUGAUAAGUGUGACCGGUGCCAGCCAGGUUUCCACUCCCUCUCCGAAGCUGGGUGCAGGCCCUGUUCUUGCAACCUAGCUGGCAGCACAGGGGAAUGCAACGUUGAGACAGGACGAUGUACAUGCAAAGAAAAUGUUGAAGGCUUUCACUGUGAGAGAUGCAAACCUGGAUUUUUCAAUCUGGAUUCCUCCAAUCCAAGGGGCUGUACUCCCUGCUUCUGUUUUGGACACUCCUCAGUCUGCACCAAUGCCAUUGGCUACAGUAUUUACAGCAUCACCUCCAGCUUCCAGUUUGGAGCGGAUGAGUGGCGUGCUGAGCAGCGUGAUGGCUCAGAAGUCUUACUCCAGUGGAAUGCGGAGACCCAGGAUAUAUCUGUUAUCUCAGACAGCUACUUCCCCAUGUAUUUUGUUGCACCACGAAAGUUCUUGGGCAACCAGGUUUUGAGUUAUGGGCAAAACCUGACCUUCUCCUUCCGCGUGGAUAGACGGGAUACACGCCUCUCAGCAGAGGAUGUGGUGCUGGAAGGGGCUGGGCUGAGAGUGUCAGUGCCACUCAUUGCUCAGGGCAACUCUUACCCCAGCGAGAACGCGCUGAUCUACACCUUCAGGCUCCAUGAGGCUACAGAUUACCCGUGGAGGCCUGCUCUUACGGCAUUUGACUUCCAGAAGCUUCUCCACAACUUGACUUCCAUCAAGAUCCGUGGGACGUACAGUGAGAGAAGUGCCGGCCACCUGGAUGAUGUUACCAUCACAAGUGCUCGUCCUGGACCUGGUGUGCCUGUGACCUGGGUGGAGAGCUGCUCCUGUCCAGCAGGAUAUGAGGGGCAGUUCUGUGAGCGCUGCUCCUCUGGGUACCGGCGAGAGACACCAAGCCUUGGGCCCUACAGCCCCUGUGUGCCGUGUGCUUGCAAUGGGCACAGUGAGACAUGCGAACCAGAGACAGGCAUGUGCAAUUGCAGGGAUAACACAGCAGGGUCUCACUGUGAGAAGUGCAGUGAUGGGUACUAUGGAGAUGCGACAGCGGGCACAGCCUCAGACUGCCAGCCCUGCCCGUGCCCAGGCGGCUCGAGCUGUGCCAUUGUGCCCCGCACGAAGGAGGUUGUGUGCACCAGCUGCCAGGCUGGCACUACAGGCAAGAGGUGCGAGCUGUGUGACGAUGCCUAUUUUGGAGACCCGCUGGGUGAAAAUGGUGCUGUGAGGCCUUGCCGCCUCUGCCAGUGCAAUGACAACAUCGAUCCCAACGCCGUGGGGAACUGCGAUCGCCAGACAGGCGAGUGCCUCAAGUGCAUCUACAACACCGCUGGCUUCUAUUGCGACCGCUGCAAAGACGGCUUCUUUGGGAACCCCCUGGCCCCCGAUCCUGCUGACAAGUGCAGAGCUUGUCACUGCAAUCCGUAUGGCACUGUGAAUCAGCAGACGAAUUGCAAUCAAGUGACUGGGCAGUGUGAGUGCCUGUCUCAUGUCACUGGGAGGGACUGCAGUGCCUGUGAGCCUGGCUUCUUCAACCUCCAGGGUGGACGUGGCUGUGAGAGGUGCAACUGCCACGCACUGGGCUCCACCAAUGGGCAGUGCGACAUCCGGACCGGGCAGUGUGAGUGCCAGCCUGGCGUCACCGGCCAGCGUUGUGACAGAUGUGAGAUCAACCACUUUGGCUUUGGCUCUGAAGGCUGUAAACCCUGUGACUGUGAUCCUGAGGGUUCGCGCUCCCUGCAGUGCCUGGAGAAUGGUCACUGUGAAUGCAAGGAGGGCUUUGUGGGGAACCGCUGCGACCAGUGUGAGGAGAACUACUUCUACAACCGCUCCUGGCCAGGCUGCCAAGAGUGUCCAGCCUGCUACAGAUUAGUGAAAGAUAAGGUGGUAGAGCAGCGUGAGAGGUUGCAGGAGCUGGAAAAUCUUAUAGCAAAUCUAGGUACGGGAGAAGAAACUGUAACUGAUCAAGCCUUUGAAGAGAGAUUGAAGCAGGCAGAAAGAGAUGUUAUGGAGUUGCUCCAGGAAGCACAAAACAGCAAAGAUGUAGACCAGGGACUCAUGGAUCGUCUCAAAGACAUUAACAGCACGCUAACGAGCCAGCUCAACAGGCUGAGGAACAUCCAGGGCACAGUGCGGGAGACAGAGAACCUGGCGGAGCAAGCCCGGGUGCGGGUGGAGGACACUGAGGACCUGAUCGGCUUAGCUUCUGAUAUGCUUGAGAAGGCAAAGAUGGCAGCUGACAAUGUGUCCAUUACACCUCCAGAGUCAAGCGGGGACCCUAACAACAUGACUCUGUUGGCAGAAGAGGCCCGUAAGCUGGCUGAAAGACACAAAAAAGAAGCCGAUGAGAUUGUUCGCAUAGCUAAGGCAGCAAAUGAUACUUCCACGGAAGCCUAUCAGCUGCUGCUGAAGACCCUGGCUGGGGAAAACCAAACUGCAAAUGACAUCGAUGAGCUCAACCAGAAGUAUAAUCAGGCAAGGAACAUUUCUCGAGACCUAGAAAAACAGGCCAGCAAAGUGCUUGCAGAGGCAGAGGAAGCUGGAAACAAAGCCCUUCAGAUCUACGCUAAUCUCACCAGUCUACCUGCUGUGGAUUCCACAGGGCUAGAGAAUGAAGCAAAUAAGAUCAAGAAGGAAGCGGAGGAGUUAGAUCAGCUAAUUGCCAGGAAGCUGAAAGAUUAUGAGGAUUUGAGAGAAGACAUGAAAGGAAAGGAGCUGGAAGUAAAGAACCUCUUGGAGAAAGGGAAGACAGAGCAGCAGACUGCAGACCAGCUCUUGGCUCGAGCAGAUGCAGCGAAAGCCCUGGCUGAAGAAGCUGCUCGGAAGGGCAAUGGCACACUGCAGGAGGCUAAUACCAUUCUCAGCAACUUGAAAGAUUUUGAUAAGCGGGUGAACGAUAACAAGACAGCAGCUGAGGAGGCUCUGAAAAAGAUUCCUGCCAUUACCCAGACCAUUGCUGAAGCCAACAAUAAGACACGCCAGGCGGAGCUGGCGCUUGGCAAUGCUGCUGCUGAUGCUCGCGAAGCCAAGGCUAAAGCAGAUGAUGCUGAGAAAAUCGCCAGUACUGUUCAGAAGAAUGCUGCUGCUACCAAAGCCGAAGCUGACAAGACUUUUGCUGAUGUGACGGAGCUGGCCAGGGAAGUGGAUGACAUGAUGAAGCAACUACAGGAUGCAGAAAAAGAGCUGAAGCGGAAGCAGGAUGAUGCUGAGCAGGAUAUGAUGAUGGCAGGCAUGGCCUCACAGGCUGCCCAGGAGGCAGAAGACAACGCCAGAAAAGCGAAGAACUCUGUGAACAGUUUGCUUUCUGUCAUUAAUGACCUGCUGGAUCAGUUAGGGCAACUGGAGACAGUGGACUUGAACAAACUGAAUGAAAUUGAGGGUACCCUGAACAGUGCCAAAGACCAGAUGAAAGAUAGCGACCUGGACCAGAAAGUGUCUUUUCUUGAGAGAGAAGCCAGGAAGCAAGAUGAUGCAAUACAGGCCUACAACAGGGACAUUGAAGAGAUCCUGAAGGACAUUAGCAACCUGGAAGACAUCAAGAAGACCUUGCCAUCUGGCUGUUUUAACACCCCGUCCAUUGAAAAACCCUAAGGGUGCACUGGGGGUGGGGGUUAUUCCCCUGGUGAGUGGUGGAGCGGUGGUUUGGCUAUGGAGUGCCUUAACACACAUUACCUUCUUCCAAUACCCAACUCUUCGCUGCUCGCAGCCGCUGUUUUCUUUUCAAAUCAGGAUAAGUUGAAAGAUUUUUUUUUUUCUUUUUUUCUUUUUUUUUUUUUUUUUUUUUUUUUUUUGGUGAAGCAAAUUAAAUAUCCGUCUUUGGGCAUCAAAGGGCUUUUUUUAUAUAGAUUGUUUUCCUGAGCACUCCACCUUUGCCCCUUUCUCAGACAGUUUCCCUUUGAUUAGCGUAAGGAGGAGAGAUGCUCUGGGCUCUUUAUACUGUGGUUCAGAAAUAACCAUGUGAGCUGUAUACAGCAAGGCAAAACUAACCUCACUUUCUCUCCUCACUUCUCCCCUCGACUGUAAAGUCCUCAGUCCCGGAGCUCUCUGUCCCUAUGAAGGAAGGGGAUGGCUACCAAAGUAUUACUGUAAUGGCCAGUAUAGCUGCACUCAUUCAGAUCCCUCUUCCCAACUUCUGACCCUGUGAAUUUUUUUUUAUCGAUAACUAGUGGCCAAUCUGACAGCAUUGGUAGCCUUUGACAAAAUAGCUGAAGCCUCUUUCUGAAAUGCUUUCUGUGAUGAUGCAUCGCUCUGAGAAAAACACAGCCUCUGAGAGGAGUUUUUUGGGAAGAUGGGAUACUGGUGGAGUGGUCAGUCUUUACUGGGGGAGUGAUAGGUCUUGCCAUCCCCACUCCUGGUCUGUGGAGAAGUUCUGGGUCUGGUCUGUAAGCUACCUGCCGGGUAGUCCAGGCUUGGGAGUGUGGAAGCCAUGAGCUGUGUUCCCAUCUGUAGGUGUUGCUACUGAAAUUACCAGAGGAUCUGUUUUUCUAGGUUAUGAAUGUCUGAUUGACAGAUCAGUUAGUUCAAACAGAAAAAGUCUUGCUGAAGAGGAGAGCUGCCACCAGAGAGCUCCAGCGACUGCACUGGCCUUCGUGCUGAAUGUCUUUGGGUGGGGAAGGAAGAGGGCUUGCAAGUGGAAAUGAAAAGGUCUUUCUCCUCGUCUUUUUCCUGAAGGACAGUGGCAUUUUUGUCUCCUGGCAUUGCUCUCGCAUUUUCCCUGUUUUUAAGCUGGCAGAAAGGGCUGGAGUUUACCAGUGCCCUCCUUUCUGUCUACUGAUCUCCCAGUCACCGUAAAGCCACCGCAGCACAGGGACUUCAGGCCAGGCUCAGGUGUCAUGUCUGCCUUCCACACCGCUACCGCUGCCUCCCCAGCAGGCUCCCUCCCUAGGUAGUGCCUCCCAGCUGCUUCCUGGUGCUGGGUGGGAGCAGUGGGGAGCCCCUCGCUCCUCCUCUGGCCCUCCUCUUGAGAUGAGAGCAUCCUCUGUGGCUUCCUUUUUGCCUCCAGCCUGGCAUCCCUCCCCCCUUCCCUGAGAUCCAGUAUAUAUCUAUCCUUAAACACUAUGCAACUUUGUACGUUUGCGUAGCGGGGAAGAAAUUAUUAUCUGACACACACUGGUGCUAUUAAUUAUUUCAAAUUUAUAUUUUUUGUGUGAAUGUGAUUUUUAUUUUUUUUUUUUUUCCGUUUUUAUCAUGAUUAUAGUGUGAGGAAGUCUCUCGUGUGUGUGUAUGUGUGUGUAAAUAUACUCAGCCAUAUUUCCAGAGUGGCACAGCCUGGCCUCCUCUAUGUGCUUUCCCUUAUAGCCACUGGGGUGCGUGCACUGUAUUAUUGCUCCUCUCCAUGUUAUUCCCUUAGAGCUCAGUGUUUCUCCUAGCUGAGCUCCUGCAUUCUUCCUUCUCCUGUAUCCUCAGCACCCAUAUGGACGUCAGCAAUACCACUUUGCCUGUAGAGUGGAUGCUUUCUAGCCCUCCCUCCCAAGCCAUCCCUGAUGCAUGGUGCACCCUGUUCUGUGUCCCUUGUCCCCAGGGAUGCUGUGCCAGGAGGAGAGCAGGGGCUCUGGCUUUGCAGCUGGGCUGUGAGGAGCUGUAGCACUGUUGGGAGACCGGACCCAGUGUUGAGGUGGUCAGAGUGCUGCAUCUGGGGAUAUCUUGAUACCACUGUGUGAGGCGGGAGGCUUGGUGCACCCUCGGGAAUGGCGCUGCUGGGCAGGGGUUGUUCCCAGCAAACUCCACAUCGCUCUUGUACCCCUUCUCUUAAAGAUUCUUACAACUUACUAGCUGGGGAUUUCCCCCUGCCUGCAAGCAUACCUAAUACCUGGAGGAGAGCUUACGUGUGCUCACCCACAUGUGCAGGACGCUGAGGUCGGUGUCUUGGCUGGCUGCUCUGGUCAGAUGGCUGGUUGUAACCGCAUCACCUCUCUGCCAAGGCUGUGAGAAGAGCAGAUGCGAAGAUGCACGCAUGCCCUGGCUGACCUCAGGCCUAAGGUUUCCUGCUUUCUUCUCUAUCUUUUUUCCCCCUUAAGCUGUUUUUAACAGAAUUUUAUUUUUAAAUAAAAAAAAAUCUUUAUAAGCGAUCUCUUAAUCACUACUGCAUUACAGCCAUUAUUCAGUGUAUAAGUCCAGUUAUUUCUUUACGUAAUGUGAUGAUGCAACAGCUGCUGGUGGAGUGCUGGAUGUCAUGGGCAACGCGUGACAGUCCCUUCAUCACCUUAUUCCUGACUGUGGCCCCCUCAGUAUGUGCCUUCACUCCAGCUUUUUGCCUUAAUCUGUGGUCUUGCUGUCUGGGGCGGUGAACAAAAUGCAACACUUGCAGUUUUUAUGUAUAAAACAGUAUUUCUUAUUUAUAAUAAAGUCUGAAUAUUUGUAACCCCUUA